UCAACAUAUUGUUUCCAUUUUCCCUUUUAUAUUUUUGUUAAACAUAAUGUAUUUAUUAAAAUUAAAAUGUUUAAUUAUCUUUGUCACGUUCGGUAUUAUAGUUUCUCCUUUACCCAGCGCUAGUGCUUUGUGCAUCGGUACAUCACCGGCAUCAUGCUUAACUGAAUUGUCUGAGGAGGAAGCUAAUGAAACGUUAAAAUAUGUGAUAAGUAAAUAUGAAGAAGUUGAAAUGAAAAUUAUUGGCGAACCCGUAUCCAUCUACGGUUUGCGUUUGUCAUACGGCGAUGCUGAGGAAGAGUUGAAUAUUCAUUUCAAAUACAUUGACAACACACAACACGACAUCAUACAGAAUUGUGUUUUUGCUUUGUAUCAUCGUCAAAAUGAAUGUGAAUUGAUUAAAACUAUUUGCAAUACAUUUCUGCCGAUUACACCGCGUCCUCUGUUACAACGCAAAGAUUUGCGUAUUUGUGAUGAUGGCAGUGAUGUGCAACUGCUUGAAAAGGAAGAUUUUGAUGGGGAGGAAACAACAAUGGUGACAACAACAGAUACCGAACAGGUUGCCUCCAAUGCUGACAAUGAUGCAGAGGAUUCUGAUGAUGACGAUGAUGGUGCGAACGAACAACAGCGACAGUCGGCCCAGCAACGCAGCACUGAGGUGGCAAAUGAAUGA